AUGACCACGAAGAAGGAAAACACCCUCAAACUAGAGGAAGCGACACUGGACGACGUCCCCGCGCUGACGGAGACGUGGUUCGCGGCGUUUGCCGGCGACGAGGUGAUAUCCCGCCUGUGGCCCGAUACUCCCGGUGUGAGGGCGUGGUGGGACGAGGCGAAUGGCGGGGAUAUGGCGGCGAAGACGUUUCAGCGGUUUGUCAAGGUCGUUGAUGUGAGCAGCGUUGCUACCGUGACCGGAACGGAGAAGGCGGAGGGAGGGGAUAGGGGAGGGGGUCGAGGUGAAGAAGGGGGAGGCGGCAGGCCGAGGAUUGCGGCGUGGGCCAAGUGGGAUACGAGUAUGCCGGCCGAGAGGGGCCGGCGGUAUCCUCCUUGGGCGGGGGAUAUGCCUUCCGAGGUGUGUGAUUUGUUCUUUGCUAGGGAGGAGGCGGAGAGGGAGCGGGUUAUGGGUGAUGAGAGGCAUUAUUAUCUCGACACGUUGGUCACGCAUCCGGAAUACCAGCGGCGGGGCGCGGCGUCCAUGUUGCUCGCGUGGGGGUGUGCGCUUGCGGAUGAGGAUGGAGUCGCGGCGUAUGUGGAUGCUAGCAAGGCGGGUAAGGGGCUGUAUGAGAGGUUUGGUUUUGUGGAUGAGAGUUUGGAUGGGGACGGGGAUGUUGCGUCCAUGGUGAGGCGGAGGCAAUGA